CAGGCCGGUGAUGAGAUGGUGAGCGUGAACAGCGUCGCCCUCAGCGGCUCCCGUCAGGAGGCCAUCUGCCUGGUGAAGAGCUCCCACAAGACCCUGAGCCUGGUGGUCCGAAGGGAUAAAAUGGUUGAUGUUGUAUCGCCACACACAAUGCCGUCAGAAACAGAGGUUCAUGUGGCGCGGAGCUUUCUCACCAAGAUUUUACGAAGCUCUAUGAGGAAGAACCGCUUCAAAGGGAAGAAUGAUCCAAGCUCGCGGCCCCACUCCUGGCACACAUCCAAGCUGACAGAAGAGGAGUCAGAACCUCCCGGGAAAGAGGCCACCACAGCACCAGUUUGGCAGCCAAAACAUGAAGCAAGGCCCAAAGAGUCUUCCGUUCAAGGCGUCCAGAACAAACAGCGUCAGCUAACCAGCCAACUCAGCUCAGUGAACAACAUGGAGAGAAUAGAGCGUCCCUCACAUCCUUACCCUCAGGGUCGUCUCUCCCCAACUAAAUAUGCCAGCAACCCUGAGCCACACUGUGGACCAGGAGGCAAAAGAGACUCUGGAUUCAGCUGUUUUGCCAGCAGCACAAGUCCUGAUCAUGACACCAGCACGUCUUGUAGGAAAGGUACGAGUACUGAAAACAUUUUCUUCAAAGGCGUUCAGAACGAAGGGACAUUUCAGACCGAGCGGCCCAAGUACCUGCAGCCGACGCUGGGGAGCGGUGGCUGGGAGGGUUCGAGGGUGGAGGAGCAGCUCACUUCUCGGGUUUCCAGUGGAGUCAGGCCCAGCACAGGCCCAGUGUGGCAGGUACCAGAGAAGAAGUCCCAGUCUCCUCCUCCUCCGCCUCCCCCCCUGCGCAGUGACAGUUUUGCUGCCACAAAGGUGUUCCCUUACUCUGAAGGGCCUGGUGGUCCAACAAAGAGCAAUGGCAGAUCAUCAGAAAAACUGACAGAUAGUAACGACCAGAAUGGUCUCAGGUACCACAACCAGCUACGCCCGAACAAACUUUUCUCCCUGUCCAGCAUUGAUGUCAGACAGACUCAUUACACCCACGUACCUGCCCACCAGAGGCAAUACAGUGAUGAAAGCCCCCUCUACCUCCAAACCAGGUCAGCUCCUCCCACCAAGACUCAGAGUGUAGGAAACUACUAUCGCAGCCUCCAGGACCUGCCCACAAAUGUCUUCAGCCGCAAACAUAUACGGCACUCCACAGCAUCCAUGGCAGGCUAUGCUGCAAACCCAAACCUGGAGAUUGGGGCAUACAACAGAUACUACGGCCUGAUCAACAAGCAUUUGGUUCAGACUUGCGAGUACCAGGUCAGGCAGGGCAAAGCUGAGGUCCGGAGAGGGGAUGCAGAGAGAUCCCACAGGGUAAACAUCAAUGAACAAGGCUUCCCAAUGACAUUCAAGGCGAAUGUUAAGUCAAAGUACUCUCCACCUCAGUCCCAGAUGCCUUACAGUGACAAUAAGGAGCGCAAUGGCCAUUCUCAUCUGGGAAAUGGUCUACAUUAUGAACACCAAACCUCUGAACCUUCUGUUCGAAGCCGCAGCCCAGAGGAGGCUGCUAAGAGAGGCGAAGGACACUCUAAUGACAUGAAAAGACUGUUCCCAACUAAUCAAAGUAAUGAUCAUAAGGGCAGUCUGUCAAGGCACCAAGACCCAUGGGUGCCUCAAGAAGACCACCGAAUAUCCCCCCUGAAAACCCCUCUUCUCCACUCCCUGGCCCAAGAGAGUAGGAGUCUGGCUGAGAGGCAACACGCAUCUACAACCGCAGGUGUCAUGUCCACCCAGGAUGUUGGUGACGCCAUGGCCACCAGUGGUGGGAAAGCAAGUCGGCGCAGUGACCGGUAUGCCACCACCCUCCGCAAUGAGAUCCAGCAGAAGCGAGCCCAGCUGCAAAAGAGCCGCAGUGCUGCAACACUGAGUUGCGAUGCAGAGGACGAGGAGGCAGAGGAAUGGAGAUCCACAGAGACUUCUACAUCUUCAGGUGUCUCCUUCUCCAGCACCUACAAGGACCACCUGAAAGAGGCGCAGGCCAGGGUCCUGCAGGCCACCUCCUUCCAGAGACGUGACCUAGACCCCUUCGGACCAGAGGCACCGGUAGUUAAAACCUCUAAUGGACGCAUAAGAGGCCGUAAGCGCUUCCCUCUGAAUAAGAGGACACACUCCUUCUCGGAGCCUGACAAGAUAGACAAAGUGGGUGUAGAGGCAGAGCUUCAAUCAGAGUCUUUUGGAGAGCGAAGGAAGUUCUUUGAGUCCAAACCAGCAUUUUCCAGGCCUGUGCCCAAGUCUAGUCAGGGUACAAACUCGAACCCAGACCUUGGUGAAACAGCCAAACUCAAAGAGAGAACUCUUUUGGGAGAGCCUGAGGAGGCUCACCUAUCUCUAGACCUCAGCUGCCUCAGCCCUGGACGUAAGCAGGACUUACUAGAGCAGCAGAGGCUCGGGACCUUUGCUGAGUACCAGGCCACAUGGAACAAGCAGAAGAAGUCGACUGAGGUCAAGACGCAAGGGAGGUAUCACUCAGCAGAGAACAUCUUGGAUGCAGAUGCAGAGGAAAAGGCAGUUUGCAUCCAUGAGAGAUCCAGAUCUUCUCCAUCUGCAGAUUUUUAUACACAGAAUAUACCUUCAUCAUGGAGAGACACUCAAGCCCAGCAGAGCGGUUACACCACCAGAGGAAAGACAGAGAGCAGGCUGCGCUACCAGCCCGACCACAGCCCACAGUCAGCCCCAUCAGUCCCCAGAAACGAGGGCCCGGUCCCAGGCCUCCCUGACCACAGCACCAAACCAGAUGCUGCCAACCCCUCCCACACCACGCUCUCCUCUGGCCCUCGUAGCCUCAGCCCCAACCCUGGCUCCCAGCACCCAACCCAGCCUCCACAAACCAAGGGCCUCUUGCCGCCACCCAGGCCCCAUUUAGGCCCAGAAACCACAUCCUCCUCCCUGGAAUUCCUCACUGGCGCCCAGGAAGACCCGGCAGCGCUCCAGCCUCUGUCCAGCUCCAGCUCUGACACCCAGCACCACAACGCUGCCCAGGGCGCCGCCCCGGCAGGCUCCCCUCGCUUCAGCAGGACGCCCGCACCAGAUAUGAGUAGAGGAGAUGCAGAAAGUGAUGAGGAACAGCAGCAGCAGGCAGCACCUUCAUCCUCUUCACCUUCCCCGUUCUGCUCCUGGACGGACGCUCUGUUCCUCCCUGUAGGAGAUCGAGCGAGGUCGCCCUCGCCGCAGUUCGCACCGCUGAGGCUGACCGACAAACCGCCGGUGUUGUCCGUGCAGGAUGACUCACCACUCAGGUCUGACGAUGAAUCCCGGCUCCCUCAAGCGAUGGAUGUGAACAGUCUGGUGAGGAAAGUCCCGGUGAGGAUCGUCCACACCGAGAGCAGCUCGGAGCGGGAGAGUCGAGCUUACCUGCCUCCGAGCAGCGAGACCUGCUGCGUCUUCGACCCGCCGCCUUGCAUCACCUCGCUGGGAGCCACGGAGCGCCCCGCCUCCUCCCUGUUCAGUGCCUACACCCGCCACAACGCUCAAAUCCCGGCUUCAACAUCAGCACAGGAAGGCUUCGAAGGCUCUUCUUCUGCUGAGUCGAGCUCAACGGGGGCUCAGCACUCAGAGGAGGACGUCAAGAGAGAAGAGCUGGCGAGGGACAUCAUGGGGAAAGACAAGUCGCUGGUGGACAUCCUGGAUCAGAGCGGCAGGAAGACGACCAUGGAUCUGAUGGAGGGACUAUUCCCCCCGGAGGAGCAGAUCCUAGAGGGGGCUCAACAGCGCAGGAAGGCGUCCGCUGGCUCCAGACUGCUCACCUCAUCACCCAGGAGUAUGGAGAGGAGGGAAGAUGAGGACGCGUCUGUGUCGGCGGCCGCCUCCCUCGUCCCCAGCUCCUCUUACUACAACACGUCAGCUCCCAAAGCCGAACUCCUCAUCAAGAUGAAGGACAUGCAGGAGGAGCUGGAGGAGCAGGACUCUGAGGACGAGCUGGACGUCGACCUGGCCAGUAAAAAGCAAGAGCUGAUCUCCAGCCUGGCGAAGAAGCUGGAGGUGCUGCGGGAGGCGCGACAAAGCCUGCAGGAGGAUGUGGAGGAUAACGAGGCUCUGGGCCGCGAGGUGGAGGCGACCGUGCAGCGUCUCUGCCAACCAAACCAGCUCGACAAGUUUCGGAUGUUCGUGGGCGACCUGGACAAGGUGGUGAGCCUGCUACUGUCGCUGUCGGGACGUCUCGCCCGGGUGGAGAACGCCCUAAACAGCUUAGAGGAUGAAGCUCCGCCAGAGGAGAAGCGCACCCUGACGGAGAAGCGCAAGCUGCUGAUGCGUCAGCACGAGGAUGCCAAGGAGCUGAAGGAGAACCUGGACCGUCGGGAGUGUCUCGUCUCGGGGAUCAUGGAGGCCCACCUGGCCGCCGAGAGCCUGGACGACUACCGGCACUUUGUGAAGAUGAAGUCGGCGCUCAUCAUCGAGCAGCGCAAACUGGAGGACAAGAUCAAACUGGGCGAGGAGCAGCUGAAGUGCCUGGUGGACAGUCUGCCGCUGGAGCAAAGGCCGCUGCUCUGA